AUGCGGCGGCGAGGGCGUCGACGCCGACGACGACGCCGAGCCGGCGGAGGCGUCUUCGUCGACGAUCGACGACGCGACGACGACCCUCCUCUCCCCUCGCGCGCGCGUCCGCGUCCGGCUCCGCGUCGACGCUCGGCCGCCGGGACGGGACGCGACGCGCGCGAGCGCUGCGGCGGGCAUCCGCGCGCGCGACGUCGCGGCGCGCGACGCGACGACGCGCGGGCGAUACUGCGAGGCAUCGAUGCGAUGCCUCGUCAGCGUCGUCCAGUCGUCGGACCGUUCGAGAGCGGUGCUGUUGUAGUCCUUCGCUUCGUCACAAACGCGCGGCACCGGCGCCGCGACCAUGACGCGUCGCGAGUUCACGUAGUCGUAGAGCGCGGCAUGCGCCGUCUCCGCGCGGACGACCCGCCGAGAGCGGACGCGCGCGCGUCCGCCCCGGGCGCGGUCCUCCCCCUCGCGACGACGACGACCGAGAAUCUACUACUCGGCACCGUCGAUUCGAGCGCGACGACGAAGCGCGACGUCGCGGCGCGACGGUCCGAGCCCGCGCCGUCCGCGGCGGCGGCGGCGGCGUCGUCGUCGCGUCGUCACGACGCGCUCGUCGCGCUCGCGCCGCGCGGCGACGAGAACAAGAACAAGAUCUCGCGCGUGCCGCCGAACACGGUGGACGAGGCGCGCAGGAGGGACGCCGCCGAGCGCGCCGCGAGGGCGAAACACUCGCGCGACGUCGCCGCGCGCAUUCUCGCGGAGACUGAGGCGAAGAAGCGCGCGAGAGAGGACCGCGCGAGGGCGCUGUGUUCGGCGGCCGCGGCGGACGUCGCGAACGCGCGCAUCGCCGUCGCGGCGGAGGCGAGGGCGAGGGAGGACGCGGCCGUCGCGCGCGAGGCGACGGAGACGCUGUGGGCGCUGGAGGCGGACUACGCGGCGUCGGCGCGCACGACGCGAGAGCAGCUCGCGGAGGCGAGGCUCGCGCGCGCGUACGCCCGCGCGCAGAUAGAGGCGUGCGAGGGACGACGGUGCGACCUGUGCGACCGCGGCGAGCUGCACGGCGCGCGCGAGUGUGGGAUAUUGAGGAAGCGCGGCGGCGGUACAGCUGGCGGCGGCGGCGCGGAUUCGGCGGAUGCGACCUCGACCUCGAUCGCGACGUCGGCGACGUCGUCGAUCGCCGUCGACGUCGCCCCGCCGGAGAUUCUCGCGCGCGGGGCGCUCUUGAGGUGCCACGGCGACGUCGAGGUCGAGGACUGGGCGCGGUGGACGCCCCGCGAGGCGAAGAUCGCGUUCGACGAGCUCCCGCUCUCGCGCAAAGGCCUCUCAGCGUUGCCGAACCUGUCGCUCUUUCGAGGAGUGACGCGCCUCCUCGCCGCGCGCAACGCGCUCGUCUCGCUGCCGGACGACAUCGCGGACCUGAUGCCGUGUUUGACGCAUCUCGACGCGAAGCGCAACGCCAUCGCGUCCGUUCCCGCGGGCGUCGGCGCGCUGAUGUACUUGGAGACAUUGGACGUCUCAGGCGCGUUCUAUCUUACACUGGUUCCCAUACGACCCCGUCGCCGUGGUGAACGCCGUUUCUUAAGGACUUUCUCUCCCGGCGUCUCUCUCCGCCCAGCUCUCGCUUUCAAUCCCCGCCCUCGACGCCUUUCAACUCCGCUUCUGACGCCUUUGAACUCCACCCCGACGUUCGCUCGUAUGGACCCUCGACCCUCAGGGAACGCGCCGUUGACGACGUUGCCGUCGAUGCGACGCGCGACGGCGCUCGCGCGGCUCGACGCGUCGUCGUGCGCGCUGAUUUCCCUCCCGGACGACCUCGCGGAGUGCGCGGCGCUCGAGGAUCUCGUCGUGCACCGCAACCCGGACCUCGUUUCGUUGCCUCCAAACCUCGGGGCGCUUCAACCGCGCCUGCGAGGGGUGUGGGUGCGCGAGUGCGGGUUAGCGACGCUGCCGAGCGGCCUGACCGCCGCCGUCGGUCUCGCCGACCUCGACGCCGGCGCGUGCCGCCUUCGCGGUCUCCCCGACGGGCUCGGCGGGCCGGGGAACCCGCGCCUGCGGACGCUGCGCGUCGGCGAUAACGUCAUCGCGUCGCUGCCGCGUUCGCUCGCGCGCGCCGACGCAUUGGAAGUGUUGGACGUGUCAGGCAACGCGUUGACUGACGUCGACGUCGCGGCGUCGACGCGCGGCCUCGUCGAGCUGCGCGCGUCUCGCAACCCGGACCUCGCGGAGCUCCCGCGCGGGCUCGGCCGCGGCGGCGCGCUGCGGGUGCUGCACGCCGCGGCGUGCGGACUCGAGAAGCUAUCGUGCGACCUGGGGAAGCACCUCGUCGGCGACGGCGGCGGCGGCGGCGGCGGCGGCGGGCGCGGCGGCGGCGGCGUCGGCGACGCGCUCGCGUGGUCCGUCGACGUCCGCGGCAACCCGUUCCCGCCGUGGCUGCGGCGCCGCGUCGACGGUGAAGUCGACGGCGUGUACGGCGCGCUGGCCUACCUCGCCUCCGCGCACGACGAGCUCGCGUUGCUUC